AUGGCAGACAGAAUUAUGAAGUGGAAUGUUCAAUGUAGUAGCAUUUGCAAGCUCUGUGAUGCUGCAAAUGAAUCUAUUGAGCACCUGUUUUUUGAGUGUCAGUACUCCAGUGUAGUUUGGAUGCAGAUUCUAAGUAUUAUAAACAUCUGCAGAAGAAGCAAUGGCUUUACUCAUGAGCUACAAGAAGUAUGUAGGAAAGCUCAUAGCAAUACAAGAAGAGCUCGAGUCUAUGUUAUGCUGUUUACUGAAACAGUUUAUAUCGUCUGGAUCCAGAGGAACUUGAAGAUUUUCCAAAACAACCUGAUGCAACCUGAGAGACUCGUCAGAGAAAUUAUAUUUAGAGUGGCUGCUAGAUGUAAUGAUGAGGAUAGGCUGUUGCUAAUUGCUUAA